AUGUCGACCGCGUACAAAAAUAACCGGGCUGUAGAGAAUUUUGUAGAAUAUUUAAGAAUACCAACGGUACAGCCGAACAUCAAUUAUGAUGAAUGUAUUAAUUUCCUUAAGAAACAAGCAAAUGAAAUCGGAUUGGAAUAUCAGAUAUACGAGGUGGUACCUCGUAAACCAAUCAUUGUCAUGACGUGGGUGGGCCAGGAUUCUAAAUUACCAUCAAUACUGCUAAAUUCACAUAUGGACGUCGUGCCAGUGUUUGAGAACAGCUGGACUUAUCCGCCAUUUAGUGCCCAUAUUGACGAAGACGGAAAAAUAUAUGCUCGCGGUUCCCAGGACAUGAAGUGUGUUGGGAUUCAAUAUCUUGAAGCGAUAAGGAAACUGAAGCAAGCUGAAGUGCAAUUAAAAAGGACAUUACAUGUAUCUUUUGUGCCAGAUGAGGAGAUAGGAGGGCAUGAUGGCAUGAAAAAAUUUGUUUUAACUGACGAAUUUAAAGCUCUGAAUGUCGGAUUUGCGUUAGACGAAGGAAUGGCUAACCCUACUGAUGAAUUCGUAAUUUUUAACGGGGAACGAAGUAUCUGGCAAAUACACGUUCACUGCACUGGACAACCUGGACACGGUUCUUUGUUGUUACCGAACACUGCUGGUGAAAAGGUACGAUACAUAAUCAAUAAAUUCAUGGAUAUGAGAGAGGAGCAGAAGAAAAUACUUGAGAGCAAUAACAAAUUAACUAUAGGUGAUGUUACAACAAUAAAUUUGACUCAAAUAUACGGAGGAGUGCAAUCUAACGUCGUACCUGAAAAGCUUACUGUUGUCUUCGACAUACGAUUGUCAGUCACUGUUAAUCACGAAGACUUCGAAAAUAAGAUAAAACAAUGGUGCAAAGAAGCUGGUGACGGCGUAACAUUUGAAUUUGAACAGAAAAAUCCGAACGUUGAAUGUACCAAAACGGAUAACUCCAAUCCCUACUGGGUUGCUUUUAAAGGAGCUUGUGAUGAAAUGAAACUCAAACUAGAUUGCAGAAUAUUCCCAGGCGGUACAGACAGCAGAUACAUACGUCGAGUGGGCAUACCUGCAAUUGGAUUCUCACCAAUGAACAAUACUCCUGUGCUUCUGCAUGACCACGACGAGUUUUUAAAAGCAGAUAUAUAUUUAAGAGGAAUUGAAAUAUACGAGAAGCUAAUACCGGCAAUAGCAAAUGUAUAA